AACACUCUACGCGCGUGAUUUGCUCUUUGGAACUAAAUGUUCUGUCUGUGCUGUGUUUCUGUGAUUUUUAUUUUCUUUCGGAAGAUAUUUUAGAAAUGCUGUUUUGCUAAAUUAUUUGUGGAUAUCUAUUGUUGACUAUUAUUAAAAAUGAAUAAUGGGAAUGCAGUGCCUUAAUGGAAAAUAUUUUAAGAAAUUCUAAUAGUUUCGUUGAGUUUUUAGUCCUUCCCCGAGGAUGAUCUCAUUGGCGUGCUGACAUUACGUUCUUUUUAGAGAUCUUGAUCGUUUUAUUAUUUCACUGCAAACCAAGUCCAAUGACCUUGUAAUUUUUGAUAAAUAAUCGAAAGCCAAUAACCAAAAUGAAGAAACAAUUUUAUAGAGUGAAGCAACUUGCGGAUCAAACGUUUUCAAGGUCUGGAAAAAAUGAAGCUUUAACAGAUGAGCUUCAGACAGCUGACCGAAAAGUCGAACACCUACGCAAUGCACUCCAAUUGAUAAGCAAGAGGCUCGCAACUUGUGCUGGGAACACACAGGGCCAAGAUCCAGCUGCCAGGGAAAAACGACUAAAAAAACUCCCAGAAUACAUGCUUGGCCUGUCCAUGUGUGAAGCUAGCAAUUUUGAUGAUGAUGACAGUAUUUUAAAGUAUAUCCUGUAUGAAUGUGGCAAACAAGAAAAGUUGCUUGCAAACGAAAUAGCUGAGCACGAGUUAAAGAUAGAACAAUUAGUUUGUGCACCACUGUCAACGAUCAGUGAUCAAGACUUACCGGCCAUUAUGAAAGCUAAGAAGCAUCUGAGCAGGCUUAUAAGUGAAAAAGAAUCUGCAGCUAGUAGAUACCACCAUUUAGAACGUCAAAAAGAAGAGAAUCCUACAAAAUUAAAUGCAGCGAGAGACGAAUUAGAAGAAGCGGGUACCCGAGUGGAGGCAGCGCGCGACGCCCUAGCAGCGGAUAUGUUCGCUCUCGUCGCUAAAGAAGCGCAACUCGCUCAUACACUACUACAAUAUGUCAAGUUACAGAGGGCAUAUCACGAGUCUGCACUCCAUUCCUUACAAGACACUGUGCCUGAGCUGGAAAGAUUUAUAAAUGACAGCUCAGUGAAACCUGUAUUUGGGUAUCCUCUCGAGGAGCAUCUUCGUGUGACAGGUCGCACUAUAGCCUUCCCUAUAGAACUGUGCGUCUGUACUCUACACGAGUUGGCACUUAGUGAAGAAGGCCUGUUCAGGAUUGCUGGUGGUACAUCAAAAAUAAGAAGGAUGAAGCUAUCCUUAGAUGCGGGUCUAUUCAACGUGCCUUUACCACGUGACUAUCGAGACAUGCAUGUCGUCGCAUCUGUUCUGAAGUCAUAUCUGCGUGAAUUACCUGAACCUCUGUUGACUUAUCGCCUAUAUGAAAACUUCAUCGCUGCCUCUCGUCAACCGUCCGAACAAGCCAGAUUAAACGCUCUCUGGGAAGCUAUUCAUCUGUUACCAGAUGCUAACUUCCAAAAUCUUAGGUACCUUAUUAAAUUUUUGUCGGCUUUGACCCAAAACCAAAGCACUAACAAAAUGACUCCUUCUAAUUUGGCCAUAGUUAUAGCCCCAAAUCUUUUGUGGGCAGCGGACGAGAGCACUUUCGAUAUGAACAUCACUACAGUAGUCAACUGCGUAGUGGAGCUGCUCAUAAAACACGCAGACUGGUUUUUCCAAGACGAUAUCAAUUUCUUCAUAUCAUUUACCAAAGAAGAUCUACUCCCAGAUCACUGUGAAUACGGAUUCACUUCCAAUUUUGUGCACGGAUACAAUCAAACGGCGGCUCUCACCCAGGAGCAAUCGAACGGAGACUACAGUAGUAUGAGUAAAUCUAUGUACGAUUACAGUUGUCAAGGAAGUCAAAAUAGAGGCAACACAGAAGCACCCGGCCGCCAUUCCAGAAGCAACAGUCACGACACUAGCUUAAUAUUAAUAGAAAACGAAAUUAAAAAAGCUCAAUCCAAUAGUUCUCUAUCCGAUCAUUCUAGUCCUCCUCACGGCAGUCCGAAACCGAUAAUGAGGCGAAAGAACAAGCCUCUGGCGCCCGUGCCGCCCAACUUCACGCCGGAUAAAGGCAAGAAAACAGAAGCUCAGGUUCAAACGGCGGCCCCCGAACAGACUAAAGAAUCACAACCCGGAAAGGAGACGGAGAAACCCGCCAAGCCCCCGAGACCGGUAAUCUCCGACACCGGGAAAGUGAUAUCGGGCGUGCAGACAAUCAACAGAUCGACGUACAGACAGAACAAGGCAAUGAAAGAGGAGGCCGCGCGAAGCGGCAGCCGCGAGAAUCUCGCCGACGUGCGACGGCAGAGCCUCGAACUGGAAAAGGAGAAACUGGACAGUCUGAAGGCGGUCGACACGGUCGUGGUCAAAAACCUGACCGCCCAGACGGGCGUCGUGAGUCGAAUGAAAGUGGGCGGCGAGUUGUCGAGCGGGCCCGCGUCGCUGGGCGCGGCGCCGCGGCAGCCGCUGGCCAAGCCCGUGGGGCAGCCGCCGCCCCGCCCCGUGGCCGCGCCCCGCACGCUCCUCCCCGCCCCCGCGCCUUCCGACCCCGAUGCCGAGGUGCAGCUGCGGCACAAGCCCGCCGUGCCCGAGAGGCCGGCGACGCUCCGGCCGCAGAGCUUCCGCGCGCCCCGCGGCUCCGGCUCCGACGCGGAACUGACGCCGACAGUACUCGAGCGCACGCACAUAUACACGGUGGACAAGCAACACCCGACCGUGAUCAGAGUGGGCGGCGCGCCCGAGCCGGAGGAGGGGCCGCGCGCGACCGUCCAGCGGACGCACAGCUCGGGCGGCAAGGACGCCGAGAUCGACGAGCCGAAGGGUUUGACCGGGGCGAGCAGGCAGCUAUCGCAGUCGGAAGGCAGCAUCACAGAGGCGCCGCAGUCGCCGCGCGUGCAGGUGUCGCGACCGCCGCGGCCGCUAGUGCCGGCGCCGCCGCCGCCGGUGAGCGCGCCCCACAACGAGAGCACCGACCUCUAGCGGCGGCCGGCGGCGCACGCGUCCGCCCCGGUUUAAACCGCGGUGUCCAGUAUUCGAGGAGAGACUGACGCAUCAUUUUAUAUUCGAGCUCCCUUAGUCGUAGUCGAUUCUAGCGUGAGGAUUAUGAAGAACUUAUUUUCGUGCACGCUUAUUUCUGAUAACCACUAUUUGUGAUAAGUCAUAUUUUACCAAACUACACGUAGUGCUAUUUUUGGCGCAGCGGUUUAUAAUAAUUAUGAUUGUGGUCGAUUAUAAAUCUAAAAGACAUAUCGUUUUUGAAACUGCAAUUUAGCUUUAUGAGCUGUUAGAAUGUGUUGCUGCUACAUAAAAAUUUGUACAAUAUAAAUUUAAAAAUUGCAAUUUAACUUUGUGAUAUUAGAAAACUUAUAAUCACGGAGGCCGCGAAGCACCGAGUCAGCGGCCGGUGCACAAAAUGUAAUAAUGUUGUAUGACGAUUAGCCAUAUUUUUGAUAUUUAUGACAUGGCGGCGCCGCCUUAAUAUAAGACACGCUGCUCUUUCAGUGAAUAAUAUAAAAUUAUUUUAGGCUAAGUAUGUUAUGUAGUAUUUAUGAUGUUUUAUGUGAUAUGCAUUUUAUUGUAAUAAUUAUACUGCAAGUAUACAAGCUUCUGUUGUAAGUAAUAAAUAACAAUUAUACCGACGACGCGUAUUCAUUUUUGUGCAUAGCGCCAUAAUAGUUUAAAAACAAUAAUUGUUUUUAAGACUGUAUUUAUUUAAAUUUGCCAUCUAACAAUGUAAUAAUUUCUUUUACCAACUCGCAAUAGAGACAUUAAAUUAGGUAAUAUAUGUGCUGAUUCUGUAAUAACUUCAUCAAUUUUCUUAAUUCUUUGGUGAUUUAUAUAGAAACCUCCUGCUUGUAUUAUCCUCAUAGCGUCACCUGAAACAUAAUAUUUUACAAAGUUAAAACAAUUACUUAAUAGUGAAUCAAAUAUUUAUAUAAUAGUUACAUACUUUCUGUAGGGAAACAAUUUGCUUUCAUUCCUAGUUCCAGUACAGUAAUACCCGGUGAUAGCAAAAUUGUUGUGACUGGUGCUCCUGUGAAAACUUGCUCUAAUUCAUUUGAACUUAGAGCAACAAGUGAUUUCACAUCUUUACUGAAGAUUGCUUCUGUCGCUCUAAGGGCCUGCUCCAGG